GGCCACGGAACAACCAUUGGUCCGGUGUUGUCGAUCGAUGGUGGAGUCACGGUGCACGGGCCUUCCCUUCCCAUAGUCUGGGGUAAAACAACCACAACUACUACUCAAUGACCCCGCGACGAGAAACAACUUGUACUAAGGGACGAAAAUGAACGGCGAUGACCGAAAAGCCAUCGCGGAAUGGAUUGGCCGCGUCUCCUCGGAGCUGCCGUCGACUCCUCCGACUGACCCAGAAGAUGACGACCGGGCGGAGAGUAUUCCACAGAGAAACCCUCACCAGUUAGCUCAGCAGAAGCGCAAGCUUUCUAAUGCAUCAAUGGCACGGGCCAAUUUCAGGAAAAGACCCCACUGUGAAAUCACAAUCUGUGAUAAUGCCGGCACACAGUCCUAUCAAGAUGGCAUAUCCCUAUCGCCUUCUACGACACAGUCAGAGUCAACUCGACAAACUCACAACCUGGCUCGUAUCAGGGCACAGCUGGCCUUUGCUGCGCCAAAAGUGAUAUUCCUCCCCAGAGCAGCAGACAUUGAAAGCCACGAUGCGCGACGCCUUUGGGACCUUCUGAGAUCGGCUGGCCCAUUAGAUUAGGUGGGAGCCCCAUGAGGAUGAAGUCAAAAAGAUUGCGGCACGAUCAAACAAA